ACAGAGCGUCCAGGACUCCAAAUAGGAGCGCCAAAACCCAUUUCAGCGACUGUCACAACUCAGAAACUCAGACGGAGGAAGCAUCGUCAAUAAAGACAACAUGAGGAUCCUGGAGUCGCAGAACGCCCUCCUCUCCAACUAUGAGGUGUAUCAGCACAUCAUUGACCAGCGAAAACGAAACAAGGCCCAAAGCAGGAAGGUCCCCGGAAAUGCACACCAUAUCAUGACCGAGGUCAUCGCAUAUCUGCACGAGAAACCUAGUCCGCUUGCAAAGCAAGAAGUAACACAGGCAUACGGCCCGUCUACCAUCCCCCGUCUGCUGGAGAAGCUCCGGGAGGCCAACCUGCCAAGCGAACUGACCAAGGGAGAAGUGCUGUCCAUCCUUAACCUGCGCCCGGACAAUAGUGCGGUCCUCAGCACAGCGAUCGAGGAUAUGGAGGAGCGGUUCACCGAAGAGGAGCAGCAGAUGAUCGUCGCCAUCAUCGGCGAGGUGCUGGGCCGCGACGAGCCUGAGGAGGAGGGAGGCGAGCAAGGAGACGAGAUGGAAACCGACGCCGCCCCGCCUGUCGAAAACGGCAACUAACCGACGGAUCGCGUUGUCUGUGAUGCGCAUGCAGAACUACGCGUCAAGUGCCAAACCGGCCACCCUCGACGCCACGCUGGCCUACAUGACCGAGCACCCGCCUUCACUCUGCCCUCCAUCUGACGUGAUGGUCUUCAGGGCGG